AUGUCCGAUAUCGCAUUCUUCUGCUUCGCCUUGCAGAAAUCGCGACCCUCCAAGAGCGAUAUCGCCAAUCUGACUCGCGCCCAGGCGAUCACUCGCGUUCUCGAAUUGCUUCCACUCUCAAAGUCUUGGCCCAGUAGCAGAGCACAGCUGAGCAUCUUCCGAUACGGUACUUCGUUAAGCACUUCGGCCAAGGAGUCGAAUUUGAUCAACAGCACCGGAUCAGCGGCGUGCAUUGUUACCAGAUCAAUGAUUGCCGACACGUAG